CCAUCGGAGCUGGACUCCGCGCCACCCCCAACGUUCAACUCAACCGCUGCUGGCAGGUCGUCGAGGCUACUCGCGUCGUCGCUGCAGAAUCUUUCGUCGAUUCGAUUUUGCGAGGAUUGGAACGCGAGCAUUGGUGGCCGAUUCUCUGCUCUCUGAUUCGGCUUUGCUUGUGGAAUUGCGGAGGAUGAUUUCUUCGCGUAGGUAAGCAGGUGGGCUCAGAUUCGACCAUCACUCUGUCCUCGACCGAAAUUGUGGAGGAAUGUCUAUGGCUUCUUUAGCUUUGUCGUUGCCGGGGCUCGCUCCCUGUGCGCGGUUUCAGCGCCUCUUGUGUGGUGGGCUUCAAGCUUCGUUGAAAGUUCGUGCCGGUGGACCUCGGACUUCGCUGCUAGGAUUCUCCUCUCUGCACUGCAAUUUCCGGAGAGAGACCAGAAUUGCAAGCAGGCGCUUGAGUGUAAGCUGCAGUGCGGCCGGUGCUAGUUCUGCCGGGAGCCAGCCCGAGGAUGACGAAAGUCCUUACCAGGUACUUGGUGUCACCCCAUUUGAGAAAUUUGAUGCCAUUAAAGCCGUAUAUACAAGAAGACACAGGGAUGCGGAGAGGAGGGGAGAUGAGGCGUCCAUGGCCCGAUUUGAAAAAGCUUAUGACAAAUUAUUGAUGGCGCAACUUUCGAACCGAAAGAAGGGACGCACCUUUGGUGAUUUUGAGGUGUCAAAGGAGAUAAAAUAUGCUGACAAGCGAGUUCUCUUUCCUUGGGGUCCAAAGAUUGCGAAGAGCCCUAAAAAUGACGUACUCAUCAAUCUGGCAGGCUCAGCAUUCAUCGCUCUGUGGAUUAUCAUAACACAAGUUGCAGAGUGGAAACCACUGCAGUUUUUAAUUUUCGGAUACGCAUUCCGACUGUUUUUGAAGCUGAAAGAAUAUGAGCCUCCAACAAGUGUGUGGAGUGAAGAGGAUGAAGACGCCGAUUCUAAGCGGCGACAGAAAAAUGGAAAGAGGCUUCUUCGAACUCUCGCGUUGGUGUUCAGUUGUGUGGCGAUAGCUUCUCUGGCAUUCACUGGAAUUUUGAAUGCUUACGAGCUUGCUGGGGCAUUCAUACCUCGAGAACUCAUCAAUAGUCAGGAGCUCUUCGUCACAAUCGUGUCCUCCGUGCUGCUGUUCUUCACCGGAUCGUUCUUGAGAUGAGCACGACAUGUGUCUGAGAAUUUUCCGACCCCUACUAGGGUGGGCAGUGGCCUACUUCAAAGGUUGCGAAUAUUCGCGUUUACCAGCGCGUUAGUUUUUCAUGCGGAGGAUAUGCGCAAUGAGGAUAAUUUAGUUGAAGAGUGCGUAGAGUGGCAAGCGUGUGAUGGAUGUGUUUAGAAAGUCAGGUUGAAGGUGCGAAUGUAGUCUAGGCAGCUUAGUACAUCAAUGUCCAAUUCAUUUCGCAUUUGCGUUACAAAGAGCUGAAAGAAGUUAUGAAGCGCAAGCGAUUGCAUU